AUAGACACGAUUCUUUUUCUUAAUAGUGUUUUACCACCCUUAAAUGGCCAUUAAAGAAAUUUCAUCACUAAAAAAAAGUUUUAUCCUUCACCGAAGCUAUGAAGAUUCCAUCCGAGCAAUAUAAAACCCUAGUCUCUUGAGUUUUAUAAAACCCUAAAUACCUAAAACUAAAACCCUCUGUUCAGUUCUCCAUCUUCUUCACAACGGUAAAAAGCGAACAAAGCGCCUCCACCCUCACCUCACCCUCCUCCCUCCAGCGACCACCUCCAGCCGUCCGUCCUCCUCAAUUCUACUUUGGGAGUCAAAUUUCAUAUAGUUUGAUCAAACAUUGACAUCAAAAUUCAUAUGAAAUUGGAGUAUCUAAAAAAGUGAACCCAACGGAAAAACUCCUGGAUCCGCCACUCGUUAAUCAAAGAUGGUUCGAAGCUUGAAAAACCCCAAGAAAGCAAAGCGAAAGAACAAGAGCUCAAAGAAAGGAGACGGGUCUUCUUCUUCAAGCUCCUCGAUACCUUCUGUUCCAGCAAAGGUGUGGCAACCAGGUGUGGAUGCUUUAGAAGAGGGUGAAGAGCUUCAAUGUGAUCCUUCAGCUUACAAUUCUCUUCAUGCUUUUCACAUUGGCUGGCCCUGCUUAAGCUUCGAUAUUGUGCGCGAUGCACUUGGAUUAGUUCGGACAGAAUUUCCGCACACGAUAUAUUGUGUCACUGGAACUCAGGCACACAACGCUCCUAAUUCAAUUGGAAUAUUUAAAAUAUCAAACAUAUCUGGGAAACGUCGGGAACUAGUACCAAAAAAAACAUCCGAUGACACUGAUAUGGACAGUGAGAGUAGCGAUAGUGAUGAUGACGAUGCGGAGAAUGAUGGACCAAAGGCUCCAGUUUUCCAGGUGCGCAAGGUGUUUCAUGAAGGCUGUGUAAACAGGAUUCGUGCUAUGCCACAAAAACCGCAUAUAUGCGCAUCUUGGGGAGAUACUGGUCAUGUGCAGAUUUGGGAUGUCGGUUCUCAUCUAAACGCAAUGGCGGAGUCGGAAACUAACAUUAGCAAGGAUGCUACGACAAUAAUUAAUCAACCGCCGCUGGUUAAAUUUACCGGUCACAAGGAUGAAGGUUACGCAAUUGAUUGGAGUCCUCUAGUCCCCGGCAGGCUUGUUUCUGGGGACUGCAAGAAUUGCAUCCACUUAUGGGAGCCAGCUUCCGAAUCAACGUGGAACGUUGAUAGUAAACCGUUUGUCGGACAUACGGCCAGUGUUGAAGAUCUGCAGUGGAGCCCUACGGAACCGUUUGUGUUUGCGUCCGGUUCUGUUGAUAAAACUAUCGCGAUAUGGGACACGCGUAUAGGGAAAUCACCAGCAACUUCUAUUAAGGCGCAUGAAACGGACGUCAAUGUUAUUUCUUGGAACAGGCUUGCAAGCUGUAUGUUGGCAUCCGGUAGCGAUGACGGGGCGUUUUCUAUUCGUGAUCUUAGAAUGCUUAAGGAAGGCGAUUCUGUAGUAGCGCACUUUCAGUACCACAAACAUCCGAUAACAUCCAUUGAAUGGAGUCCACAUGAAGCGUCCACUUUAGCAGUAUCAUCGGCCGAUAAUCAAUUGACAAUUUGGGAUCUGUCUUUAGAACGAGACGAGGAAGAAGAAGCCGAGUUUAAAGCCAAAACACAAGAGGAAGUACAUGCACCCACAGAUUUGCCACCACAGCUUCUUUUUGUUCAUCAGGGUCAGAAAGACUUGAAAGAAGUUCAUUGGCAUACGCAGAUUCCAGGAAUGCUCAUAUCUACAGCUGCAGAUGGUUUCAACAUCUUAAUGCCUUCAAAUAUCGAAAGUAAUCUCCCUGCCGCUAAUGCUGCUGCUUGAACCCCAUGAUCAUAGUAUAAAAAAUGAACGUUUCGGUUAGUAUUGGAUUGAAUAUCUGAGAAGGGUAGAGUUUUUCCAUAGCUGUUGUCCGUGUCACAUUACAGAGUUCAUCACAUGAGACGUGUUAUCUUUAUGAUCCGAGUAUACCUUCUACAUAAUAUUCUUGGACUCUUGCUUUAUAUUUAUAUGGCGUUUGGUGUUUGAGGUU